AUGGAUCUACAAAUAUCUGGUAGAGCGGCCAUGGAAAUCAAAGAAGAAGAAGAAGAAAAAAGUUGGUGUUUGCUUCCUGAUUUGGUGGUAUGGAUGAUCAAAGAUAGGUUAGGUUUUGUUGAUAAUACGCAGAUGGCAUGUGUUUGCCGCAAUUGGUGGCGAGCGUCUACUGUCUAUCCAAAUCAGCCAGCGGCUCCAACGGCUUAUAUCAUGUAUCCGCCGGAACCAGACAACGACGAUGAACUCAGUUGCCGCGAGUUCAUAUGCGUCUCGACUCCGACUCCAACAACAAUGACAAACGAAAAUUGUGAAAAGCUCACCACCGAAUUUGUUGGAGCUGAACUUGUUUUCUCCAAACGCAAGUGGCUUCUCAUGAAACGAAAAAACUCCUUUUUCUUGAUUCACCUUUUCACAAAGGUUAGAAUUAACCUACCCGAUGUGGGUUCGUUUGGAGAUUUUGUGGGUUCGUUUACCUUUCUUGAUCAACAGGAACACCAACCUCAUCGUGUGUUUCUUUAUACAAAUCAGCAUCACAAAGUGUGGCUUAGAAUAGCCCAAAUUCCUGGUGAUAAAAAAUGGACAGAGUAUAAUUUUGUGGAUCAUAGGAUUAAAUCUAGAAGCGCUAAAAGUGUACUAGCUAUUGGACAAAAAGUGUUUUGCUUUGAUUUCACAGGACGAUUGAUCAUCUACGACAUGGUCAGAAAUAUGUGGAAAAUGGUGGAUCAACCGGAGCAUUGGCACGUUAGAUGCUAUAUGGUGGAGCAUCAAGGGGAAAUCUUCAGAUUUUCUUCCAGAAGUGAUCGUCUCAAACAAUCUCGUCCCAACUUUGAUUGCACUUUUAGGUACAAUGACGAUUCCACUGCGUGGGAGAGGCUAAGCUACAAUGAUGUCAAGGACAUGGACACUAGUUGGUUCUUGUCGAAGUUUCAAGGCUGCUUUUCUGCCUAA